AUGACUGCUGAUCUCUCACUCUCUUGGAAAGAUUUGGAUUGGAUUCGAUCACAUACCCUUCUUCCUCUAAUUAUUAAAGGUAUUCUUCAUCCAGACGAUGCUUUAGAAGCUUUAAAAUAUAACGUUCAAGGAGUUGUUAUUUCAGAUCAUGGUGGACGACAAAUGGAUACAAGUUUGAAUACAGCAGAAGCGCUGAGAGACAUUCAAGCUGUUUUAUGA